CUGUUCGUCUUUUACUUAUUUACAGGAGGUGUUUAUCCAAAAGUAAAACAUUUUUAUCUUAACAGAUACACCAGAGAAGCAGGAGUCCGUUCUCUGGACAGAAAGUUUGGGGCUAUUUGUCGGGCCGUUGCAGUGAAAGUUGCAGAAGGCCAGCAUAAGGAAGCCAAGCUGGACCGUUCGGAUGUGGCUGACGGAGAAGGGUGCAAAGAGCAUGUGCUGGAAGAUGCAAAGCCUGAAUCCAUCGGAGAUGCCGCAGACUUGGCCCUGCCGCCCGAAAUGCCGAUUCUCAUCGACUCCCAUGCCCUGAAAGACAUCCUGGGGCCACCACUGUAUGAGCUGGAGGUAUCCGAGCGUUUGAGUCAACCUGGAGUGGCAAUAGGGUUAGCAUGGACUCCCUUGGGUGGCAAAAUUAUGUUUGUGGAGGCAAGUCGAAUGGACGGCGAAGGCCAGCUAACACUGACUGGCCAGCUCGGGGACGUCAUGAAGGAGUCUGCCCAUCUCGCCAUUAGCUGGCUUCGAAGCAAUGCGAAGAAAUACCACCUGACUAAUGCUUUUGGAAGUUUUGAUCUUCUUGACAACACAGACAUCCAUCUGCACUUCCCAGCUGGAGCUGUCACAAAAGAUGGACCAUCUGCUGGUGUUACCAUAGUAACUUGUCUCGCCUCACUCUUCAGUGGGCGGCUUGUGCGCUCAGAUGUAGCCAUGACUGGGGAAAUUACACUGAGAGGGCUUGUUCUUCCGGUGGGUGGAAUUAAAGACAAAGUCCUGGCAGCACACCGAGCAGGACUGAAGCAUAUCAUAAUUCCGCAGAGGAACGAAAAGGACCUCGAGGAGAUCCCAAGCAACGUCAAACAGGAUCUAAGUUUUGUCACAGCAAGCUGCCUGGAUGAAGUUCUCAAUGCAGCUUUUGAUGGUGGCUUUACUGUCAAGACCAGACCUGGUCUCACUGACAGCAAACUAUAGGCCCUAGUGUUAGCUGAACUUAAUUAUGAGGCAAGAUUGGUUUGAGGCACCGAAUGAGUAAGCAAAAUACCCCUGAUCUGUGGGCAUAAUCAGACAGCAGUGGAUCUGUCUAAGUAGUUGUUGAUUACAGAAAUGUCGGUUUAAUAAAGUAAUUAAAUCUAGAA